AGUGCUUUGUUUGUAUUGAGUUUACAACCUUUACCUACCAAAGUUAUUCUUUCAGCUUGUUUUUCCAUUUCUGUGUUGCUUCCUUUCUUACCUUUCUUAUCCCUCACCUACAUACCAAAGUUGUUUAAAAUUUGCAGAAGUUGUUCGACCUGUUUUUUUUUUUAAUCUUUGUUUUGCUUGGUUUCAUUACCUUUCCUUCUUUCAGAACCAACACCAUGGACGUAUUUGGGAUCUUUAUCUCUCCAUUUGUGCAAGCUACGGUUGAUAAAUUGUCCUCUUAUUUAAUCAACUUAGUGAGCACAGCGGACGUUGGCACUGGCAUCCAGAAUCUGAAGAAGGCAUUGGAGGAUUUAGAGACUCUGUUGGCUGAUGCAGAGAACAAACAAGUCUACGACAAGGAUAUCAAAAAGUGGCUAGAAGAGGUUCAACCUUUGGCUUACGAUGCAGAUGACUUAUUGGAUGAUUUUGCCACUGAAGCUCUCGAAAGGAAGCUAAUGGCGGAGGAGACGACGAUGGGAAGAAGACCAGCUAAGUUUCCACGCCUCUCUUCUAUUGUUCCAUUCAAUUUAAAAAAUGGGUUUAAGCUAAAUGAGAUUACUAGUCAAUUACAAGAAGUUGCUACAAAAGGAAAAGAUCUUGGUUUAGAUAAAAGAGUUGAUGGGACGAUGCCUACAGAUCUAUGGCAGAGAUCACAAACUACAUGUUUGAAGGAGCCUCAUAUUCAUGGCAGAGAUGAAGACAUGAAGCAAAUUAUCGAAUUGCUACUUGGGGAUGCACCUACUGCAAAAAAGUUUGAUGUAAUUCCUAUUGUAGGCAUGGGUGGGAUCGGCAAGACUACACUAGUUCAGCACAUUUAUGAUCACGACAAAGUGGAAAAGCAUUUCAAUAUGAAAGCAUGGGUUUGUGUUUCUGUUGACUUCGACAUUCUGGGAACAACAAAGGCAAUUCUUGAGUCAUUCACUCACCGUCCAUGUGACUUGGGCAAGUUAAAUGAGGUUCAAGUCCAACUAAGAAACACACUGGCAGAAAAAAAGUUUUUGCUUGUUCUGGAUGAUGUGUGGCACUAUGGACAUGAUGGGUGGAAUUCGCUACGAUUGCCAUUUGACGCCGGAGCACCUGGAAGUAAAAUCAUUGUGACAACGCGACAAGGAGGUGUUGUAAAGCAGAUGGGUAUGGAUGAAUAUCUCAAUUUGAAAAACUUAUUAUAUGAUGAUUGUUGGUUAAUCUUUGCCCAUCAUGCAUUUGAGAAUAGAAAUAUCAUCGAAUGCCCAGAAUUGGUAUCAAUUGGGAAGAAAAUUGUUAAGCAUAGGUGCGGAGGCUUGCCCUUGGCAGCUAGGGCCCUUGGCAGCUUAUUACGAUGUAAACAAGCAGAGAGUGAAUGGAAAAAAAUACUAAAUAGCAACAUAUGGAAUGAGGAAAGUGGCAUUCUCUCAGCAUUGAAAUUGAGCUACCUUCAUCUCCCUUCCCAUUUGAAGAGGUGCUUUUCUUACUGUGCAAUUAUCCCAAUGGACUACGAAUUCAAGGAGGAGGAAUUAGUCUUGCUAUGGAUGGCUGAAGGUUUAAUUAAGCAACCAAAAGGUGGAAAGCAAAUGGAAGAUUUAGGCCGCAAGUAUUUUCACGAAUUGGUAUCAAGAUCAUUUUUUCAACCGUCAAGUGGUAACAAAUUGAACUUCAUAAUGCAUGACCUCAUCAAUGAUUUGGCUCAAAAUGUCGCAGGAGACAAAUGUUUUAGGUUCAAGAAUAAUUUGGAGUAUGGCAGGCAUAACAAGAUUUCGGACAAAGCUCGACAUUCAUCUUAUGUUGGUAGCAAUUAUGAAGGAAUCAAAAAAUUUAAAGUUUUUGAUGAUGCCAAAUGCUUACGAACAUUCUUACAGUUUUUGCCACCGAGUAGGCAUGCAUCGAGGUACUUGUUUCAUGAUUUGUUGCCAAAGUUAAAAUGCUUACGUGAGUUGCGUUUACAUUGUGCUAGGAUGGAUGAACUACCAGAUUCCAUUGGAGAUCUAAAGCACUUGCGGUACCUUGAUGUAUCCUAUUCUGGGAUUACAAGGUUGCCUGACACAGUGGUAACUCUCUACAAUUUACAAGUCUUGUUUUUGAAAUUUUGUUCUCGACUUCAGAAGUUGCCUCUAAACAUAGGGAGGUUGGUGAACUUGCGCCAUUUUGACAUGACUGGCGUGAAUAUUCCAUCAUCAGAAGAGAUGUCGCCACAUAUAGGUAAAUUAACUAGUCUCCAAACAUUGUCAAAUUUUAUGGUGGGUAAAGAUUGUGGGCGUAAAAUAGGAGAGUUGAAAAACCUAUCGAACAUUCGAGGGGCAAUACACAUAUCAAGAUUGGAGAAUGUCGGUGGUGUUAAGGAUGCAAGGGAUGCCAAUUUUAUGUCUAAGGAGGAGUUAAAAGAGUUAUCGCUAGAAUGGGAUGAAUCUCACCGUUCGCAGAAUGACAUAGUUGAGAGGGAUGUGCUUGACGUGAUGAGACCUUUCAAAUUGUUGGAACGACUCACCAUCAUUGGGUAUGGCAGUACAAAAUUUCCAAACUGGGUUGGAGAUGUUUCAUACUCUAAAAUGGUGUUCAUGCGAUUAAAAGGUAGUAAAUAUUGCAUAUCUUUGCCACCACUUGGACAACUACCCUUGCUUAAAGACCUUUACAUUGAAGGAAUGAGUGCAAUAAAGUGCGUGGGUUGUGAGUUCUAUGGGCAGCAGUGUGGUGCCAAACCUUUCCCCUCUCUAGAGAGGCUGAGCUUUAAGUUUAUGCCAGAAUGGGAGGAUUGGUCUGCUUUUGAAAAUGAGGGAGUUCAGCCGUUCGGUCAUCUCAGUGAGCUUUCCAUCAUAAAUUGUCCCAAACUUGUUGGAAGAUUACCGAAUGAUCUUCCUUGUCUCAAUUCUCUCAAAAUUGAUGGUUGUCCGCAGUUGUUGAUUGAUGUUUCGAGCCUCGUUCAGCCAUCACUUGUGUCCUUGUCAAUGAAUAAUGUUAUGCUCCCAAGCCUUCCAGCACUCUUAGGGGCGAAGAACAUGAUUGAACUUGGAUCCCUCACCUUGGAUAUUAGCCAUGUUACAGUUCCCGACUCCCUGUGUGAUCCAAGCACAACUGAUGCAGAGUUACUUGCUAAUGCAAUGUCUAAGCAUUUGACUUCAAUAAUUGCUUUGAGCAUUUCUCAUGUUGAAAAACUGGCAUUCCUACCGACAUGGUUUACUCGAGAUUUGAGGGAACUCAAGAAAUUGGACAUUACUAACUGCCAAGAACUCAUAACAUUGUGGCGGAAUAAGGGGCUGCCUUGCAUGACGGCGAGACUCGAGUACUUAACAAUUGAAAAGUGUGGAAUGCUGAAGAAACUGCCACAAGAUCUUCACACCUACACAUCUCUUGGGGUGCUUAAAAUCUACAGUUGUGAGAGUCUGAUCUCUUUUCCAAUGAAAGGUUUGCCAUCUAUGCUGAGAGAACUUGAGGUUUCAUGUUGUCAUGCUUUGGAGUCCCUACCCGAGUUGAUGACACUCAAUAAUCUGCAAGAGUUGAAGGUUUCUCACUGUGCAUCACUCACAUAUUUAUUGUCAAGAGGUGGGCUACCAUCCACACUAAAACAACUUCAGAUUAAAGAUUGCAGAAAUCUGGAGUCACUUUUUGCAGAGGAAGGGAUCAAAAUUGAUUGUCCAUCUCUUGAAACUAUUUGUGUUGAAUUAUGUGGGAGUCUCAAAUCUUUACCUGAAGCCAAUAAUCUGAGGAAUCUCAGUGAAUUGGAGAUAGAAGGUUGUCCUAAUCUGGAGCCCCUGUCACUUGGUGGUCGUGAUGAGAAUAACAACAUCAACCAGCUCACUUCGCUUCAAAAGCUGUGUUUAGUUUAUUGCAGAGCAGAAAUGGUCUCCUACUUUGUGAAGGAAGGGAGUUUCCCCACCAACAUCACUUCACUUGAAAUCGGGAAUUUGAGAGUGGGUCAACUUCCAGUUCCGCCUCCAUCUCCAUUAGAGUGGGGUUUGCACAAACUCUCUUCUCUUACAACACUCCACCUUGAUGGCGGAGGUUGGCCGUGGGGAGAUACGGUGUCCUUUCCAGAAGAAGGGAUGUUCCUGCCCACCUCUCUCAUCAAUUUGACCAUCGACAGCUUCCCAAAUCUGGAAAGACUCUCUUAUGAGGAGUUUCAAAACCUCACCUCUCUCGAAGAACUUUAUAUCAUGGUUUGCCCUAAGCUCGCGUCCUUUCCAAAGGAAGGGUUGCCUCCCUCUCUUUUGCAUCUAUGGAUCUCUGGCUGCCCUGAGCUUGCGACCUUUCCAGAACAAGGCUUCCCUCCCUCGCUUUUGUCACUGUGGAUCGUGGGAUGUAAUCCAAUACUGAAACAGAAGUGUGAAAAGGGAAAAGAAUAUUGGCCCAUCAUCCAAUACAUUCCUCAAGUAGGUUGGGAAAUAUAAGCAGCCACCUGCAAGGUUCUUCAUUCACAAUCCGAGCUAGACGGUGCCUUUUCUCUUGAUCUUUCAUUUUUCCUGUGCUGUUGCUUCAAUUCCAGGUAAUUGGCAGACAAAAUUUCCUUUGUCUUUAAUUUCAUUAUGUUAUCUAUUUGUAGUCCAUACCAUGGCUUCUAGUUUCAUUUCAAUAGAGUUAGAAUUAUGUAUUCCACUUUUACAAUUUUUUGGACUUAGUUGGGACACGAAAAUUUGGUGUGUCGCAUUUAUGCAGAACAUAUAGCAGU